GAAGGGAGGAGGGAGGAGGAGGAAGGGAUGGAGGAAAACAGAUGAUGAGCGAAAGCAGGAGGAGGAGCAGAGAGGAGGCAGGCGCUCACAGGAGGAAUCAGCGACAGCGGCAGGACAAUGGCUCUGUCUGCGCUCCGGAUCAUAACGGACAACUAACUGGAUUACCAGGAGGCGAACGUGAAGCAGCACCAGGAUGUGGCCCCCUUUAUCCCUGCUAAUCUGCCAUUCACCCAGGGGCUUUUGAUUUACCAAAAAUGAUGAAGACUGAACCCCCAUCGGCCACAGGGGCAAACGGAGCCUCUGGUGGGAACAACGGGGGUUCCAACCUGCGGAGUCCCUCACCUCACCGCAAUGCCUACGAGGCAGGGCUGGCGGCCCUGAAGAAGGCCACCGACCACCUCAACAAUGCCGCCAACGGCGCUCCCAACCCCGGCUCCAAACCUCCCCUUCUGCCCCGCCCGACUGGAAGGGGCAAGCGGUACGGAUCCAACGUCCACCGCAUCAAGAACAUGUUCAUGCAGAUGCAGUCUCCAGGUGAUGAAGAGGAUGGUGCCAAAAUGUUAGGUAAGGAAGAGGCGCUGAAACUAUCGAUUCCAAGGGCCUCAAGUCUCAACGAGAAUGUCAACCACAGCGCCUUGCUGAAACUUGGAGAUUCAGUCACAGAGAGAGUCAACAGGUUUGACUCUAAAACAGGAUCAGAAGGUGGAAACUCAUCUUUUGGUCUGUCCAAGCUCCAGGAGACCAGGAGAAUCUUUGAACAACGAACUCUACAGGAGAAGCAAGCUGCUACCAACCGCAUCUUGCUGAAAAAGGAGCGUGCUUCGGGCUUUCAGGACAGCCGUCUAGACGUCGUGGCCCGCUUUAACGGGUCAACAGAAGCUCUAGACCGACUGGAUGACCCUCCAGCGCCCAGUCCUGCUUCUGGUCCAUCGGCUGCGGCUUCGGUUGGCCCGGGUGAGGCGGUCAGCCCCACUGUGAGCCAGCUCAGCGCGGCGUUUGAAAAGGGCGACGUGCGAAACAACCUCUACCUCCCCCAGCGUCGGUCAGCCCCUGCCUUAGCGCCAAAACCCAAACCUCCAGCUAAAGGAGACGCAACUGAAAAAAAGGCCCAUUCUGUUGGUAAGGAGGCCAAAAAGGAGAUGACAGCAGAAUCAACAGACGCCACGGCGGCUCUGCCACCGGAAGCAGCAGGUCCUGGACAAAGGAGCGCUGCAGGACAGGAUACAUGCCGAGAAAACGAUGGGUUUGGACUGUCAUUAGACCACUACUUAAACUCAUCAACGCCUUCAAUUACAGUGACUGUAACAUCUGCCUCAUUCGAGGCAAAACCUGAGUCCCAGGUGGAAGGAAGCGAAGAAACGGAUUUAAGUACGGUGGAGUCCCAGGCCAAAGAAAAGGACGUGUCCAACGAGGCAACCGGAGAGACGCUGGCGCAGGCCGAGGUUCAUGCUUCACUCGAAAAGAAAGAGAAAGAACCUCCGCCUUCCUCCGGCGAGACAGAAGACUCUGACUGGAGGGAAGCAGCAGAGGACGAGAACGACGAGGACGGCUCACGCAGGGAGGAUUACUCGGAGGGAGAUCUCGUAGAAGUCAGCGCUUACAGCGGCAUCGGCGAGGAGGAUUCAGGGGGAAGCCAGCUGGACGACGAGGAUGACGAAGAAGACGAGGAGCCGUAUCAGCCAGAGAGCAGUUGCUCUGAGAUGCCCGGUCUCCCCGAAGAAGAGGAGGCGCCGCCUCCCAGCAGAAAGAUUCGCUUCAGCACAGACCCAAUCAAGGUCUUCACCACCUACUCCAAUGAAGACUACGACCGGCGCAACGACGACGUUGACCCCAUGGCUGCCUCGGCCGAGUAUGAGCUUGAAAAGAGAGUCGAGAAGCUGGAUUUGUUUCCCGUUGAGCUGGAGAAAGACAGCGACGGCCUCGGGAUCAGUAUCAUUGGCAUGGGAGCAGGCGCUGACAUGGGCCUGGAGAAGCUGGGGAUCUUCGUCAAAACGGUCACAGAGGGUGGAGCCGCUCACAGAGACGGCAGGAUCCAGGUGAACGAUUUGAUAGUGGAGGUCGACGGGACCAGUCUGGUUGGCGUCACCCAGAGCUUUGCCGCCUCCGUCCUCCGCAACACGUCAGGCACAGUCAAGUUUGUUAUUGGCAGGGAAAAGCCGGGGGAGCAAAGCGAAGUGGCUCAGCUGAUCCAGCAGACUCUGGAGCAGGAGAGAUGGCAGAGAGAGAUGAUGGAGCAGAGAUACAAACAGUACAUGGACGACGACGAAGAGACUGGCGAAUACGCUACAGAUGAGGAGGAGGAGAUGAGCCCCAUGUUUCCGAACUCCAUCGAAGUUUUCGACCUGGCGGAGAACCAGGACACGUUGUCUCCCGUUGAGCUCGAUCCCGAGAAGCUCGCCCACAAGUUCAAGGAGCUCCAGAUUAAACAUGCGGUGACGCAGGCAGAGAUCCAGCUGUUAAAGAGGAAGCUGGCUCAUGCGGAGCAGGAUAAGCUGCGUUGGCGGAUGGAGCGCGCUCAGUUGGAGCAAAACAUCAGAGACAGCAAGGAGAGGAUGGAGAAGCUCGAGGGCUACUGGAUGGAGGCACAAUCCCUGUGUAAGGCUGUGGAUGAACACCUGAAAGAAACCCAGGCCCAGUACCAAACCCUAGAGAGGAAAUACAACAAAGCCAAGAGGAUGAUUAAAGAAUACCAACAAAAGGAGGUGGAGUACCUGAAGAAGGAGACCGCUCAGCGGUGCGCACAAGAGGAGAGCGAGGCGACACACAAAGAAGAAACAGACAACCUUCAGGAAAAGAUUACAGAACUGGAGACCAAAGUGGAUGCCUUGAAGAGUCCUUCACCACCCUAAGCUGCUGCUAAGUCCUACCUCCUAUCUGUGACCAGAAGAGGGGGUGCUCAGCCUUCCUUCAGACCAGGGCCAUAUUAAAUCCCAACUACCCAUCUGGUGUACAACAGACCUAUCAACAAAACUAAAAGCGGCAAUCGUAAAAGAGAAGCAGAGGAGGACGCGACCCUCAUUCCCUCUCACAGUGCACCAACCCUAAGAACCGGAGUCCUCCUCUUGUGUGUCUUCCUGUCAACCAGCUUGGCAAUGAACUGACUAUAACAAUCACUUGACUUGUACCCCGUCUGUGGAUUUUUUUUUUCUCUCGUCAUCAACGGUAUCUUUCCAGGUUCUAAUUAUGAUUCGACUGACUUUGUUUAAAACAAAAACAGGGGGGGAGGGGAAGCGCUUUUAAUACCCAGGCUCGUCACAAAGUGCUUUAUAGACGGUGGGCAUGGAUGCAGAACAAACCAGAGCAAAGGACAAAUGAUUGUUGCUUUUUAAACUCAGCGAACCACAAGUUUGCUUCUUUUUUUUUCUUUCUUUUUUUUUUUUCUUCGCGAAGAGGACUAGUUGUUCUUCUGUUCGUUGGCGUCGAUCAAUGGACUCAACGACUACUGAGACGAAGAGCGGUGGGACUGGCCGAUGACCAGACAAGGAAUCCACAUAGGGAACACAAUGUUUAAAAGGAAGAAGCCAACAGAACGCCGGUAGUUAAGUAAUAAAUACAAUUAAAAAAAUAAUUUAAAAAAACACACAAAAAAAUACUGAAAGACACGUUUCUCAUCCAAGCCUGUGAAACUGCAGAGAGCCUUGGAAACCCAUGUCUGUGGUUUCCCUCCUUCAGCUGACGGUGUCUACCAUAAGGUCUGAAUGGCGGCGGUGUAUAUACUCUCUACCCGUUUAUUUAAAAGCUUUUCACUAGCUUAGGCAGGGUGGUUGGAUCUGGUAGAUCAGAACGAGGCAGUGUCAUGGGUGAAUGAUGCUUCAUGCUCCUCCAUUUCAUCUCUUUUUCUAUCAACAUCAGUGGCAAACAGGGUGUGAGCGUUCUAUUCCGUGCGGGUCGAGCUUCUCAUGUUGCGCGCUGCGAUGUCUGUGGGCUUUACAGGCGAGCCGAACCUUCAGCUCGAAGCUCAUUUUCGUAGGAUGUGGGGUUUUUUUUGUUGUUUUUUUCAUCUGGGGUCUCCGAAAGCCAAGCAUGGUGACAUUCUGAAGCUGCGAUUCCAGUACAAAUGCGCAUAAAACUUGAUUGACAUUGUUCCAUCAAUGUUAAACAAUUUCUUAAAGUGUUUCUAUUAAAUAAGAAACGCAAUUAAAAUCACUGGUUCGUCUUCUUAAUUGGGGUCGGCAAGCAAUUACGUGUCAAUAAGUUUGUUCCCAUGGUAAUUUGUUAAAAAAAACAACUUCCUGUUUACUUCUUCGUCUUUUCCGCCAGGAGUAACAUCCGGAUAUUGAUCACGUGUUUCAUGUGAUGCGGAGAAAAAGUGUUUUCACCAUCAAGCUGAAAAACCACCUCAUCCUAGCGCAAAAGUUAAAUUUUUUUUCUACUUUCCGAAAUUGCAGUUUUCAUUUCGCUACUCCCGAUUUGCGCAAUUUUACGGUCAGUGGAAACGCAGCUUCAGACUGUUGCGUGGCGCAUUGCUGGGGAUAUUUUCUCCCAUGUUUGGAUUUAAGUUGCUCCAAACAUUUCAGAGUCUAACAAUUGUUUUAAGAACAAAUGAUUGGUUCGACAUUAAGUGUUCAAAUCCCUGUUACAGCAUCAAGCUUUUGUGGUUUGAACGAAACAAAAUCCACAAAGUUGUUGGACAAUAUUCUCCUGGACUGUUUUUACUGACUUCUACAAAGCUGCUUUAAUCUAGUUUUUUAAAGUUAUAAAGUUAUUCUGAUUCUCGAAAGAAAAAUGAAAAUGCCAGUGUUCUGCUAGGGGAACUGUAGAUUAUCUUUGGUCUUUAUUUGAUGUUAUGACAAAAAUCCAUGUGAGCAAAAUACAGCAAUAAAUAGGUCUUGAUAUUUUCAGAACUAAUUACAACAUGUUUAUUUGAUACUUUGUGUUAAACAGGUUUUAAAAAACCCUUGUCCAAAAACGAUCAAAUACCAAUAACCCAAAUAAGUCUGAUAUGAGAAAAAGCCCAUUAUGAGCCCACAUAGUAGCUGGUCCCUCACUGACUUUAGUUUGGUUUUGGGUGUUCAAUAUCUUACCUGCAGUAGAUUAUUCUUUCAGCUUAUUGACUUUGAUGAAAGAGGAAGCUGAGUUAGCAAACGAUAACCCAAAAGCAAAGCAAAUGUCUACUAAAAUAAAACAAUUUCCAUCUUAGAAAUGUUAAAGUUGUUCAUUGGAAAGUUAUUUUUGUGGGUUUGCUAAUUCAAAAAAUAAAUCUUCAGUUAUUUACAGGGCAUUCUGGGUAUCUCAACCCAGGUGACUUGCUCAUUGCUAAACGGAAUGUGUUACAAUAAGUUCAUCCACGAAACUGUACUGCAAAAAUAUCUUAUUGAUUUUUUUAAAAACAUAUGUUUAAACUGAAAAGAACUCAGGUGUUCUUUUCAGAGACACCUGAGAAUAUUUUCUUUGUUUUUCACGUGUUAUAUUCUGAUGAAUCCAAAUUAGCGUUUGCUUGUUGAAAAUAAUUAUUGACUUAUUAUGUAAAUUACCUCAAGAAGUUAAGAUGACUGCUGAUAUCCCCUCAACAAAGCCCACUCUGAAAAUUUACGCUAUUCUAUUUGAAAAGCUUAGUAUUUCAUUUACAUUUUAUUUUUGGUAACAGUGUUAAAAAUGUCAGGUUCAUUACAAUUUUUGAAAACAGACUUGAAUAUACUGUAACAGAAAUUUCAGUGUUUGAACUUUCGGUGUGGAAAAACAGUUCGAAAUUGGUUUGAAGUUGUACCUCCAAAAAUGUACACCCAAAAAGGUGAAUCGAUUUACAGAACAAUUUUGUAAAAGCUUGUACUUUAGCAUGCCAUGUUGAUUUGCUGCAUGUAACUGGACUUAGCUAGCCUGUAGGUUGCUAUGAGACAAACAUGCUAGUUGCGAAUGAUUUCGUUCUGAUGAACUUUUUGUAAGGGUAACAAGUACAAACUGUGGCUCUCACAAAAAUAACAUCUAACAGUUACUUUACCAUCACAUUUAAUUUAGUAUAUGUUAUAAGUCAUCAGCUAGCAAAACCUUAUUGUGUAAAUGGGCACUUAAAAAUCACUUUUUGAAUGCGUGUCAUUAUUUAGCUAGUAAAAAUAGGCUACUAGCUAAAAAGUAGCUAGUAGCUCCUGUUAUAAAAUCCUGUUAUGGUAACAGGAUUUUUUUUAACGUUCACAUUUGAAACACUAAUUGGCCUUGACCACUAGUUGGUAAAAAUUUAUGCUAAUGGACAUCUGAAUAUUAUACAUUUUAUUUAAAUUUGAAUUCAUAUCAGUACCUGUAAACCGUUAGCUAGUAAAACCUAGCUGAAGUUUAACUUAACUCUAAAGCUUCAUUUAGAAAUUAAGCUAAGAGGGCAUAGUGGUUUAACUUCUGGGUCACAUUAGUGUGGGGACACUUUGACACGAUAAAAGCACCAAAUUUAUUAUCCAGAAAAUUCUGUGCAUGGAAAAACAAACGUUGGCCAAAAAUAAGUCACUCCCUGUGCCAGUAUUCAGCCUCCAGAGUUUGAGUCAGUGACAGCUGCUUGAAAUAGGGAAGCAAGAUGUUAUAGGGGCAUUUUGAUGGCGUACCAAACUUAUUGUCAUGGUUGCUCAAAAACAAAUCACAGUGUUUGGUCUGGUAGAUGCUAAAAGGCGCUAGGAGUUUUUAAAAUCUUGUAGUGGAAAGUAGCUGCUUAAAGUCACUUUGCUUUUUAGAUGCCGAGAAUAGACCAAUCGGCCUCGUCACACUGCUGUUACAGUAUUCUGUAUGUUUUUACAACAAUAUAUUUAACUGUUCAUAUAUCAAAGGUAUCCACUGGAGAUUAGUUAUUUGUGUGGAUGGUCUAAACGGUGCUUUAGGACAGUAUAGAAGCGGUAGAUUAAGUUGCUGUUGUCACUGAGAGCAGCAGGUUGUUUUUUUUUUUUUUUGUCUCUUAUUUGUUUGAAUUCAUUCAUGAAUGUGUUUAUUGAGACAGUACAGCUUGCUGGCAAGCUCUGAUUAGGACACAUUGCUGUUAGGACAGUAAGAAAUUGAACUGGGCCCAUUCUGUUUUGGUUAGAAAUUAAUUAAAUGUGUUGUUUCUUUUUGUUUUGCAUCCAGAAAAAAGAAAAGUCUGGAUGUCAUAAAUAUGUCAUAAAGGAGAAUUUUACAAUACAAAUAUCAAAUACACAUGUUUACAUUAUAUCCAUCAGUGCAGGUUUUAUUAGUAUUUGAAUGCUCAGACUGUAGGUGUCAUGAUUAAGCGAUGAACAUUUGGCCAAAUUUAGAAGAAACGGGACAGUGAGCUUCAUAUUUUUGUUCAAAAACAUUUUUGUUAAGAACUCCACACCGUACGAUUCAGAUUUUAUAACUAUUUACACCAAGUAUUUGUUGACAAACAUGCAGUAUGUUGAAACAUCAGUCGAACUGGACGGGAGCAAGCUUGUUUGGAAGACUUUUUGUUUUUAAAAGAACGAAAAAAAACUCAGCCAUAAGCAACACACUUGAGUUCUAUCAGUGUUUUUAUUACAGUUUCAUCUCUAUUUUGAACUAAUGUGAGCUGUACAAUAGCUGUUGCAUCACCAAAACCGUGGUCACUUUGGGUUUGCUGUCUAAACACAGAAAGUGAUCAGUUUGCCUUUUAAUGACGUAUUAGUUAACAUGCUGCUUUUGCCUCUAUGAAGCCUUUACAUGUGUUUUACCUGAUGCUGUCAGCCAUUAUCCCACUGUCCGCCCAUUGCUCAUGUCUGCAUUGAAAACAAUAAACUGAAGAAAAAGAA